GCACGGACGCUGGACGGGAGUCAACUACGCGCUAAAAGCCACCUCAUUCUCGACUAGACGGGAUGGCGACAUCACAGGGUGAUCCCGCAGCUAUCCUCGACCCCAAGGACUAUGCUGUCGUCUGGAUUGCACCCCUCGAGAUCGAAGCCAAGGCCGCCUUAUAUAUGCUCGACGAGCCACACCAAGGCCGAUUUGCAGUGGAUCAUGGCGAUGAGUACGUGUUACACGCGGGUAGCAUGUGCGGCCACAAUGUCGUCAUAGCGACUUUCCCAGCUGGCCAGGAGUAUGGCACAGGGUCGGCGGCAGCACUCGCAAGCCAGAUUCUCAAGUGCUUUCCCCAUCACUGGUUUGGACUACUGGUUGGCGUCGCGGCGGGACUGCCAGACCUAUCCUGUAACCCACCACGCGAUAUCCGCCUCGGCGAUGUGCUGGUCAGUCUCCCUGAGGGCGAGAGAGCCGGGAUCAUCGCGUACGAUCUCGGCAAAGAGACCGACGACGGAUUUCAACCCCUACGGUACGGACACGUCUUGACCACGACGAAGCCGAUAGUGCGGUCGGCAAUCGGGAGGAUCAAAAUCCAAGCACCAAACGAUGCCGCGAUCUUCCUUCCCUACUACGAGAAGAUCCGUGACCGGGAGCACGCUAACGGCACCUUCACGGACCCUGGGCAAGACCGCGACAGGCUCUACUCGGCAAACGAGGGCAGACCGGACGAACUCGUCGAACGAGUCCAACGACCAGACUCAGCCCGUACACGAGUAUGGUACGGGCCGAUCGGAUCGGGAGAUAAGCUAUUGAAAAAUGCACAGAGACGGAACGAGCUCAGGGACAAGUACGGGGUUAUUGGCCUCGAGAUGGAGGCGGCAGGGACGAUGAACCGAAUACCCGUAGGAGUCAUCCGGGGGGUGUGCGACUAUGGCGACCAGCAGAAAAACAAAGAGUGGCAGCCGUACGCAGCGGCGAUGGCGGCUGCGUAUGCGAAAGCCGUGCUGAGGGAGAUACCUCCUGCUAAAAGUACAAGUAGUACAGAUGGCACUACAAGGGCUAUGAGAUCAAACGAAUCUGCUCUUCCAUGUUACUAUAUCCAGCUUCCUCAGAACGCCCGCUUCACUGGUCGGAAUACCGUCUUGGAAACAUUAAGUCAAGCAUUCUUCACGCGAGCAGAAACCCGACGAAUGGCACUGGUCGGUCUAGGUGGCAUCGGCAAGACGCAGAUUGCGCUACGGUUUGCUUACGAUAUCAAAGCUAGGCAGCCCGACUGUUCUAUCUUCUGGGUACCAGUCCUGAGUCAUGGCAGCGUAGAACAGGCGUACGUCGAGAUAGCCAGGAAGCUAGGAGUCCAGAAGCAGACCGACGACGAAGAUAUCAAGGAACUAGUUCGCCAAUAUCUGAGCUCGGACAAAGGCGGCAACUGGCUGUUCGUGGUUGAUAAUGCUGACGACCAGGAGCUAUUCUUCGGAUCUGACGACAAGGCUGGUGUUGAGGAGUACCUUCCUGAGGGCGAGAACGGAUUAAUCCUGUUGACGACGCGAUCGAGAUAUGUUGCUGUGCAGUUUGCACAGUCCAAGAUAGUCGACGUUGAGGAAAUGGACUCGAACGAGGCAAUACUACUUCUCCAGAAGUCUCUCACGCAGGGACAGACACCCCAGGACGAAGCACUACUGGAAGAUCUCCUUAUCCAACUGACUUAUCUUCCACUCGCAAUCACCCAGGCAGCAGCAUAUCUCAAUCAGACCAAGGUACCAAUCCGUAAAUACCUAAGGUUACUACGUGGGGCCGAGAAAGAUGCCGUCCGGCUCUUAGGUCGAGAAUUCCGCGACAGCACAAGAUAUCGGAACUCGCAUAACGCUAUAGCCACAACAUGGAUUGUUUCAUUUGAACAGAUUCUGAAGUCCGAUCCAGUUGCGGUCGAUCUGCUCUCGUUUACGGCAUGUAUCGAGCCGAAGGCGAUACCACAAUGGAUCAUGCCCGGGUCUGAGUCAGAGGAGAACGAAUGGGCGAUCGGCAUCCUCUGCGGCUACUCGUUUCUUGCUCGGCGAGGAGACAACGAUAUAUUCGAUAUGCACAGUCUUGUGCAUAUGGCCACGCGGGAAUGGAUUAAGAAACAGGAUCGACAUGAACGGGUGGCGUAUGAUGCUAUUCGUCGCUUCAACGAUAUAUUUCCUCCAAGCGAUCAUGAGAACCGUAAGCGGUGGCGGCAGUGUAUGCCACACGCAAUGCGGCUUCUUCAUGACACUCAGGCUUCGGAAACAGAACACCGAUAUGAGCUUGUGUUUCAUGUUGGGAGAUGUAUGCAUAUCGACCGACGGUUUAAAGAAGCAAUACGAUGCUUUGAAGACAUGUGGCGCUGGGGGAAAAAUGGCAAUACAGGGGAAAGGCUAUCAAAGGAGCACAUAGAAAGUUGGCUCGCGAGCGCAUACCUCAACGACCGACGGAUCAAGGAGGCGAUCGAGAUGCUCGAGCAUAUAGUAUCGAUACGGAGAGAGACACUGGACGAGAGGGAUGAUUCUCGGCUGACAUCGGAGCACGAGCUUGCGAGGGCAUACCUCAACGACCGACGGAUCAAGGAGGCAAUCGAGAUGUUCGAGCAUGUGGUAGCGAUACGGAGGGAGACACUGGACGAGAAUGAUCAUUCUCGACUGGCAUCGGAGCACUCGCUUGCGGGUGCAUACCUGGACGACCGACGGAUCAAGGAGGCAAUCGAGAUGUUCGAGCAUGUGGUAGCGAUAUGGAGGGAGACACUGGACGAGAAAGAUCAUUCUCGACUGGCAUCGGAGCAUAUGCUUGCGAAGGCAUACCUCGACGACCGACGGGUCAAGGAGGCGAUCGAGAUGCUCGAGCAUAUAGUAUCGAUACGGAGAGAGACACUGGACGAGAAGGAUUAUUCUCGGCUGACAUCGGAGCACGCGCUUGCGGGUGCAUACCUGGACGACCGACGGAUUAAGGAGGCGAUCGAGAUGUUCGAGCCUGUGGUAGCGAUAUGGAGGGAGACACUGGACGAGAAGGAUCAUUCUCGACUGGCAUCGGAGCACGCGCUUGCGGGUGCAUACCUCAACGACCGACGGAUCAAGGAGGCAAUCGAGAUGUUCGAGCAUGUGGUAGCGAUAUGGAGGGAGACACUGGACGAGAAGGAUUAUUCUCGGCUGACAUCGGAGCAUGAGCUUGCGAGGGCAUACCUCAACGACCGACGGAUCAAGGAGGCGAUCGAGAUUCUCGAGCAUGUCGUUGCUGUUGAAGCUCACAUUUAUGCCGAGGACGACCCUGAGCGCGUUCUCUCCGUGGAUCUGCUAGCGGAUGCAUACAUACAACUCGAAUCGUGUAAUGAGAAUAUGGACAGCAAGAGUCCAGUCUCAGAUGGCGAUGACUAA